AUGGCUCUGCCUCAGGCCAGGACACCCCUUGAGGUGAUCAUUGUUGGAGCGGGCAUUGGGGGCAUGGCUGCAGCCCUAACUCUGGGUCUACGGGGUCACCAUGUCACUAUCCUCGAAUCGGCGCCUAAGCUUAUGGAGGUUGGAGCGGGCAUCCAAGUCUCCCCUAACAUGCUCCGAUUAUUCGACCGCUGGGGCAUCUCUCCGUCCAUCCAUGCCAAGGACGUCGCUCUUGAGCACAUCCACGUCCGGCGGUGGCAAGACGGCUCUUUGCUGGGCACGAUGCCCGUCAACAAGACUUACGGUCAACAGGUGGUUAUCCACCGCGCUGAUCUCCACAACGCACUCAUUGACCAAGCGCUGGCGCUGUCAAAUGUGGAACUGCGCGUCAACUCUACUGUCACCGACGUCCAAUUCGACCAGGCAGCCGUGACGCUCGCCGACGGGACCAUCGUCAAGGGCGAUUUGGUGAUUGCUGCGGACGGCAUCAAAUCUGGCAUUCGAGGUCAGCUCCUCAACGACUACUCCUGCAAGGCCAUUCCGACAGGUGAUGCAGCCUACCGGAUCAUGCUUCCGCGCAGCGCGCUGGAAAAUGACCCUGAGCUGAAGGCCCUCAUCGAUGAGCCGCAAGCCACGCGCUGGCUGGGUCCCAACCGGCACAUCAUCGCGUACCCCGUACGCAACCAUGAGCUCUACAACGUCGUACUGCUUCACCCAGACAGCCACGGCAUCGAAGAGUCAUGGACGACCAAGGGCUCCAAGCAGGCGAUGAUCGACAACUACCGAGGCUGGGACAGUCGCGUGACGAAGCUCAUCGACCUAGUCCCAGACGACGAGGUCCUUGAAUGGAAACUCUGCUUGCAUGCUCCGCUCAAGACCUGGAUCCGGGGCCGUGUGGCUCUAAUCGGCGACGCCUGCCAUCCUAUGCUACCCUACAUCGCCCAAGGCGCCGCCCAAGCCGUCGAAGACGCCGCCGCACUAGGCGUGCUCCUCUCCACGAUCCCCUCUCGCGCCGCCAUUCCCACCGCUCUCGCAGCCUACGAGCAAUCCCGUAAAUCCCGCGCCGAGACCGUCCAACAGUCCGGCUCGGACAACCGCACGACGCUUCACUUUCCCGAUGGACCCGAGCAGAUCGCGCGCGACGAACAAUUCCGCGCCUCGUUGACGGGCGGUGCCACCCCCGAUCGUUGGACCGAUCGUGAGACUCAGAGACGUCUCUGGGGUUGGGACGCCGAGCAAGCGGCGCUGGAUGUGUGGAACGAAUUACACAGCAACGCCGUCUCAGAAGUCCGCCACCGCCUGUAA